GCCAACUAUUGGUUCAGCACCUUGGUGUUAGCCAGAUCAAAGCAGAGCGUUCGCCUGUACAGACCAAAAUUUCGUGUCUCUCAACCUGCCACAGCACCGGUUCCAAUCCAAAACCUCCGUUUAGUUAUGUUUCUGGCCAAAAGUUCAUCAAUACUUCGCCCGCAGCUUCUUAAUGAGGUGAAGGGACUAGUGAAGUCACAAUUUCUGGCUCUGUCACAGGUCGACCGACGCUUUGCCCACUCGGACGAUAGGUGCGCCAAUAAGAAAUCCAGGAAGUGCGAGCAGAGCCCACCCAAGGGUGUAGGUUUGCCCCCCCGGGAUCGAAGACAUUCUCAUACGGAUGGCGUCAGUGAUAAGUGCGCGAAGAACAAAAAAGAUAAGCGGGAGUGCAAGAAGUUUGAGUCCGAGAAUGCCAAAAAGCCGGAAUGCAAACCGCCCGUUGUCCGUGCUCCAAAAUACUACAAGCAGCUAAAACCGUGCAAGACCGACAAGGAGCUCUCCGAGCUGCAUCCCAAGUAUCUGGGUGUAUGGGGUCGUUGCGACAUACCCUACAAGCCAGAGCCCGAUUGCACCGAUCCCUGUGAUUUGGCCGUACGUUUGGAUGACAAGUACUACAAGCCCAGCAAAUCGCUGGACCGCGAAUUCGACCAGUACUGGGUGGAGUGCUUCUUCCGGAAGCAGAAACGCUGCUGCCGCAAGGUUGCUCCUGAGCGCACUUACCGCGUGUUAACCAAAAAGUGCGUUUCCGCUCCGAAGAAGGCGCCUUGCUUCACCGUCAAUCCCAUGCCAUGCAAACAAGAGGCCAAAACCAGCCCCUGUCCCAAGAUCAAGCUAUGCGAGUGUCCGCCGGCAGCUGCCAUUAACAAUUGUAAACUGGUGCGAAGACACACAAGAUGCCGGCGUCGCGCAUGCCAGUAUCCCAGCUUCUCGGAGUGCCAGCACGAGGAGCUGAACACCAGCAGACCCAUCGAGUGCCGCUGCCUGGAGGUGCCGCCGCUUUGCCUUGUCUAUCGACACGCUCUCCUCAACCGCCGACUUCCCUGUGAGCCUCUGAAGCCGCGCAAUGAAUCGUGUUAAAGGAGGCACACUUUGGAUUUGUGGACCCAUUCAUGGUGCUUCAACAAUAGGCAGAUAAAAAUUAACAGUGUAAUAAAAGAUACGAAAUUUUUGGUUAAAU